GUCACUGUAAAUAGUUGUCAUUUUGGUGAAUUUGUAAAUUGUGUAAUAUCUGUGGUAUUCCGUUGAUAAAAUGUUAUUAACCAUGAAGAAAAUGUAAAAAAUGGGCGCAAAAGAUUCGAAAAGGAGUUGUCUGAGCUACGAGGAUGCAGUGAAGCGGAUGACGGAUGCCGAGCUCAAGAGAGUAUGUGAGGCGUUCAAGAGACUGACCAACGGAGGCCAGUACCUGAGCCGCCAGGCGUUCACCCAGAACGUCCUGGGGGACGGCGUCCCGGUGACUAUAGCCGACUGGCUGUACGCGGCUUGCGGGGGCACUUCGCGGGGCAUAGCCUUCCGGGACUUAAUAUGCGGGCUGGUCCUGCUCACAAAGGGCACUCAGGAGGAGAAGAUCAAGUUCCUAUGGACGUUGUACUGCAACGAAUCGGGCACCCAGAUCGUCCGGUCGGAGUUCCAAAGCGCCCUACAGAUCGAGGGGACCCUGCCCCCCUCUGACGGAUCGAACAAAGCGAACCCCUCGUGGGACCGAACGUCGAUAUCUCUCUUCGGCGCCGGCCAAGACAAGGUCACCUUCGAGGAAUUCCGCACCUGGAUAAUUUACAAUAAAGAGGCGACGGUCCUGUCCAAAUGGUUACUCUCUAACCCUUGCGUUUCCUUGAGUUCCGACUUGGAAACGCCCACAUUCUACCAGACGUUGUCUGGCGUUACGCACCUGGAAGAGCAGGACAUCUGCGAGUUGGAGAAGUGCUUCUGGGCACUGCAGAGUGCCUCCACUACGGGCCACCUGGAUUUUAACUGUCUCAAGUCGUUAGUUUCGCCGCCCGUUCCGCUGAAAGCCUGCAAAGGCUUAUUCUUGGCCUUGGACGUCAACAGAGAUGACCACGUGGACUUCAAGGAGCUGUGCUGCGGCAUAUCAGCCGCCUGCCGGGGACCCAUGGUUGAACGGAUGAAAUUUUGCUUCAAGGUAUUCGACAUGGACCGCGACUGCUACCUGAACACGGAGGAGGUGCAGUACAUGACGCAGACCCUGCUCUUCAUAGCCAACGAGAACAAGCUGUCGUACGCCACCCAGUUGUUCCACGAGAACUACACGCAGCCCAAGCGGGACGUCAUGGAAAACGCGCGGAAGGAGUCGCAGAAGAGCAAUUUUGAAACGGAAAUCAUGAAGAGGCACAACAAAGCCCUGGACUCGCUGAACAACCGUCUGGACAAGAACGGCGGACUGACGCAAGAAGACUUUUUAGUGUGGAGCGUCGAAGAUAACAGUCUCGUCACGCCGCUCCUGGAGUUGCUGUUUCAGGUGUGCCACGUGUCCCUGGGGCUGAAGCCGCAGUGCCGUCACGAUGAGUACGAAAUAGUUACCGGGUGGUUGGAGAGGGAGCAGCGCCGCGGCUACAACGUGGGUCAGUUCUGGUACCUGAUCUCGUCCGAGUGGUGGCAGCAGUGGUUGAAUUAUACCACGUCGCCUCGGUCCAAUCUGGAUUACUGCAGUUGCCGCCACGAGCCGAGGAUACCCAUAGAAGAGGGCAUAGUGUGCGACGAGAGUCUGAUCAGCAACACCACGGACUACACGUCCACGUCCAACGACUUCAAUUCUAACAGUAUGGAGUCCAUGGGAGACCUCCUGAGCAGGGGAGACAGUUGCAGCAUCGCCUCCAGCUCGGGGGUGUCCAGCAGCUCCGGCACCGGUUCCAAGAAAAGUUUGGGGCGGCCGGGCCCCAUCGACAACACUAGUCUCGUGAAAGAACCCACAUUUAAAGUUCCCACCUUGACAGGCGAAGGUGGACGUUUGACCAAAGAUAUAACGUUGGUGCAGGGCAACGAUUUCGAGUUGGUACCCGACUCCUUGUGGAAGGCCCUGUCUAUGUGGUACGGGGGUCCGUUACCGUUACCGAGGCAAGUUAUAAGGCCCCCGGGUCGCACCGAAGUCGAGCUGGAGCUCUACCCGUUGAAUCUGAGGAUACUACGGCACCAGUCGGUAGGAAGUACGUCGUCUUGGGGCAGCGUCGUGGGAGGGUACGGAGCGGCUUUGACCACGGCGGGUCUGACUUCGAGCGUUACCGCCGCUAUUAGCCGCCGUCUCACUCACACCGCCGCUUUCUCCCGCCUGGCGACCGUACAGCAAGUCACGGACUUCCUCUGUCACCGUUUAUCGCUGACGUCCGAAGACGCAAGGCUGUGGCUGCUGCGGGAGCACUCGUCGAGCCUUCUCGAUGAUGACAACAUGACCCUUCAAGAUCUGAACAUCGUCGACGGCGACCAAAUCCUCCUGGAGGUCCGAAACAAAGAUUUAACCUGGCCGGAAGAGCUGAGUCAGCUGACGCCCAACGGCGGUCACGAUAUCGGGUUGAGCGUGGAGAGGAGGCCCACGAUAUGCCUCCCGCCAGGCGCCACGGGACUGCACAAUCUGGGCAACACCUGUUUCAUGAACGCGGCCCUGCAGGCCGUUUCGAACACGAGACCUCUGACCAUGUACUUUCAGCGCGACGCUCAGUUGUCCGAGUUGAACUGCACGAACCCGCUCGGCACGAAGGGGGUCGUGGCAAGGCGUUACGCCGAGCUGUGCAGAGAGCUCUGGGCGGGCUCGACGAGGAGCGUGGCCCCCUUGAAGCUGAGAUGUUGCGUGACGAAGCACGCGCCUCUGCUCGGAAGUGGCGGUCAGCACGAUUCGCAGGAACUUUUGGCGUGGUUAUUGGAUUCUCUGCACGAGGACCUCAACAGGGUGGCCAACAGGCAGUAUACGGAGUUGAACGACAGUGGCGGGCGACCCGACGAGGUCGUCGCGGAGGAAGCUUGGCAGCAGCAUCUGGCGACGAACCAUUCCAUCAUCACCGAUCUUUUCUACGGGCAGUUAAAGAGCAAAGUGACGUGCCAAGUUUGCGGGCACGAGUCCGUACGCUUCGACCCGUUCAACCUCCUCAGCUUGCCGUUGCCCAUGGAAAGCUACAUCCUCUGCGAAGUACUAGUUGUCCGCUUGAACGGCGACUGCCCGGUGAAGUACGGCGUCCGUCUCAACUCCGAAGCGAGAUACCUAGAGCUCAAGGUGCAACUGUACGAGUUGUGCGGCGUGAAACCGGACAGGCUGCUGCUGGCCGAGGUGGCCUACUGCCAGAUCCGGGUGUUAUUGCCGGACGAGAGCCGCGUCAACUCCAGCACGGUCACCGAAUUGUACGCUUACGAGCUGCCUGACGUGGACGACGUCGCGGGGACCGAUGAGGGUGAGAACGAAACAGAGGAGGAAAUGGGAAUACCCGACAGCCCGUUGGCCCGAAGCCCAGAGGUAAGCGCUGGUUCGGCACUUUGCAUGCCCAACAUUCUAUGCUUCAAGCACAACAAGAAAAGAUCGGAGCUGGGCCACAACAGGCCCGUCCCCUUGAAAAAAUCCAGCAUCUCCAUACAUUCCGGCUCGUCCGCCACCUCCGCUUCCUCGGAAUCCAGUCAGAAGUGGCCGCGCUACCUCAUCGCCGUGCACCGGAAGUGCGUCAGACAGGAGACCUACUUCCUGUCGCAGCAGAAGAGCAAACCGAGCCUGUUUGGGCUGCCGCUGCUGCUCGGCUUCGACCAGAGCAGCAACUGCCAGAGCUUGUACGAGGCCGUUUGGGGGCAGGUGACGCGGCUGCUGAGUCCGAUGCCGCAGAGCGACCAGACCAAUCACGCCACCGACUGUUACAGCGACGACUCCCUCGGGUACGCCUUUCCGUUCACGUUGAAGGCGGUGCUGCAGGGCGGGCAGAUCUGCGCCAUCUGUCACUGGACGAAGUUCUGCAGGGGGUGCGUGCUGCCUUGCUCCGACGAGCUGGUGGCGGAGAAGUGCAGGGGGAGCCAGGGGACCAUGUAUAUUGCCAUCGACUGGGACCCGACGGCGCUGCACCUGCGGUACCAGAGCAACAGGGAAAAGCUUUGGCAAGAACACGAAUCGGUGGCUAAUUGCAGGAAGCUGCACACCGAACCGAUCGACUUAGACUACUGCCUGAAGGCUUUCACGUCGGAGGAGCGUCUGGAAGAAAAAUACCACUGCAGCAGCUGUCGGGAGCGCCAACCCGCCACCAAGAAGCUCCAGAUCUGGCGGCUGCCCCCGAUACUGAUCAUACACCUAAAACGCUUCGACUGCGUCAACACCAAAUGGGUGAAGACGCAGAAAGUGGUGAACUUCCCGUUCAAAGACUUCGACCCGACCGCCUAUCUCGCCUCCGUGCCCCAGGAGACCAUCCUGAGACACAGGCAACUGCAGCAGGAGAAGGCGCACCGUGACGAGCUGGAAUCGUCCGUGGAGAGCCAGCCGGAGCGGAUAGCGGAAGAAUCCGAGACGCAGGCGAACGGUACUCCCUCUGUCGAGACUGACGAAGGCGGUAACGGCUGUUCGGACGUUAAAAACGUCUCUGAACGGGGUAGACCGAUGAAAGCGAACGAUAAGGGGUCCGCGGCGGAUAGCGGCAAGGCUGCGAAGAGUAAGGUGAACGAGAGGACGGGGAUGAUCAGGACGAGAUUGGAGUCUACCAGUUUGGCCAAGACGCCGAUUAUCGACGAACACCUGAAGGAUUACCACCAGCACCAGUUGCUGCCGGGGCAGGACCCCUUCGAUCUGAGAUACCAGCUUUACGCGGUUGUGAGCCACUCGGGCCUGCUGAGCACGGGCCAUUACAUCUCGUACGCCUGCAACCCCAACGGCCACUGGUACUGCUACAACGACAGCUCCUGUCGCGAAGUCGUCACCGACUCUGACCCCACCAACAGCAAUAAGUCCACCCUCUCGCUCAGCUCCAAGGGCUCGACGGGGUGCACCCCCCUCAGCAGACGUAAGAACAUGCCGAGGAAGCUCAGCACCGGCAGCAAUAACUCCGACGAUUCGGAGAAGAGGGAACGAACCGCGCCGCUCGCCUCCAUCGACACCUCCCUGGCGUCAUCCGACACCCUGGCCGGGUCCCGUUCCGGUUCCGUCUCCUCCGUGGACAAGUGCUGCGGCUCGGAGGGCGAGAGAGCCCCGAGGGACUCGCCCUACUCCAGCCGGAAGUCCCUCAACAGCUAUAGGUGCCCCUACGGGGACGUCAAGGUGCCGAAGAUCGACACCAGCUCGGCGUACAUUCUCUUCUACGAGCGGUCGGGGCUGGACUACAAGCCGUACCUCCCGAGGGUGCCGAACGGCCUCGGGAAACAAGUGCCUGUGGAAGAUUUGGAUGAGAACGAAUCGGAGAAACAGACGUGUUCUAUACAGUAAGGUUAGGUGUUAAGUAGGCGAAUUUAUUCGUUUGUUUUGGAUUCUAUUGAGUUUUUGUUUGUUCUUUUUUUCUUGGAAAAGUAUUUGAAGUUUCUCUGAAGAGUCGGAUUUUGUUGGUUGCUCGCCGUCUUGGACGGUAAAUUCCGGUGUUUUUAAUGUGGUUAAAAUUGCGUGCCGUCAUUGUAACGCUUCGGAAAACAGGUAAGUUACAGGGUAAAAUUUACGUGUUACGCACGUUUCUGUAUUCGUUUCCGUACUGUAAUGGUUUGAACGUACUGUUAUUUUUUUCAUCAUCGAUUGGUGGGAGACGAGUGAUUUUCAUCUUUUAUUUACGGCGGGGUGUGUGCCAAGCUGGUAAAUUGGGAAUUAUCGGGGAAUUUCGUAGAUCUGGAAAUGUCACAAAAAGGAUUUUUACAUACACCCUCACUUGGAUUGGAUUUUUCAUCCCGCUUCUGAUUUUUCGACAGUUCGAGGUUACUUUUUGCUCGAACGCUUUCGAGGACUGUUUUCAUAGAAACUUUCCAACCAAAAUUGCUUUUCCCUCCAAAUUAUAACCCUGUUUUUCCGUGUCUAUCCGGGAGGCGUGUCUUUUUUUACGUGCCACAGGGAAAAUUCAAAGUCGUUCUCAGUUGUCAUUGAUUAGUUAGAUUUAGUAUUAUUUAUGUUAACGUUUGAAAGAUCUAUUUUAUUUAUAGCCUUGUAUUUAUGUUACGAGGGAUUAUUAUUGUGAUUCGUUAUCGCUGAUGCCUAAUUGAAAAUACUGUUACUUCAUAGAGCUUAUUUAGGAACAGGUUAUUUCUUUUUCUGUAAAAUAGGUGUACCAAAGAUAUUUUAAAAUAAAUCUGUCGUCGAGAGCGAUUCUGUUGGUGAGAUUGUGUGAUCUUGUCGAAUUACUUUUAAGUUGUACAUUCUUUCCUAGUCUGAUAUUUUAAUAAUUCCAUUACUUUUAAGAUAUUUUAACAUGUUAUGAUUGAUGCAAGUUAUUCCAUUUAUGUAUAUGCAAUAUGUUAUACAGUUAUAUGGUGCCAUUACAUGAUAAAUAAAGCUUGUACGUUGUUUA